AUGGUCCAAAUAAGGGGAAAAAAAGACGAGAGAGCUAGAAUUGAGUACAUAGAGCGAAUUUAUAAUGGUUUUAGUGAUAGUUGCGUAAAUUAUAUUAGAAUGGGGAGUGGUGCUUUUGUUAAACUAGCGAGUAUAAUGAGGAACAAUAGCCUGCUAAAAGACUCAAGGAAUGUAACAGUGAAAGAACAACUUAUCAUGACACUGAACAUUCUGGGUCAUAAAUCUAAAAAUCGUUGUGUCAGAUCUCAUUUUAUAAGAUCAGGGGAGACAGUUAGUAGAUAUUUCAAUAAGGAUUGCAUUGGAAUGAUAGAUGGGACUCAUGUUGAUGCAAUGCUUCCCAUUAAUCUUGUUGCACGAUUUCGAGGCCACAAAGGUGUUACACAAAAUGUGCUUGCAGCUUGCACCCCAAACAAGUUGUUCACAUAUGUUCUAGCAGGCAAAUACUAUCUGUGUGAUGCUGGGUACCCAACCAUGCAAGGUUUCAUCUCUCCAUACCAAGGUGUUCGAUAUCAUUUGAAAGAACAUUCGGGUAAAACACCAAAGAAUAGAAGGAAAUUAUUCAAUCUAAGACAUUCUUCAUUGAGGUCUAAGAUUGAAUCUGUGUUUGGCACAUUGAAUAAUCGUUUUAAGAUUUUGUGUGCUAAGCCGCAUUUUCCUUUUCCUAUACAAGUAGAUAUCGUAUUGGCAUGCUCGGUACUCCAUAAUUUCAUUACAAUUGUGGAUCUAAGUGAUGAACUACUCAACGAUGAUCAAUUUAAUAAAGACAUUGAUGGUGAGGUGGCCUUCGAGAAUGACACAAAUUUAGUUGAUUUUACUCAAAAUCAAACCCAAAGAGAGCAAACUGAAUCAAGAAAUGAGUGGAAGACUUUUAGGGAUGACAUUGCUUGGGCGAUAUGGGUGGACUACUGUGAUAAGUAUAAUCAUGGUGUAACCAUAGAGACUUGA